UCAGAGGCCUGUUGGUCCACGGUCGCCCAAAUCAUUUUGGCCAAUCAGAACACUGAUCUUGAAUCAGGGGAGAGGAUAGGCUAUAGUAAGUGGUGGUGAUCUCCCUUUCUGAUUUGAACUUGUUUAACAAGGGUUUUCAGAGAGUUCAGAGAAUUUUAUUCUCGACAGUAUUUUAUACUGACCAAAGCUUACAUACAAUAAAACAGCUGUUGUUGACCAGAGACUACGUUGCAGUUUAAGAGAACCGCGUUGCGUGACAUUUAAUCGUUUGAAAGUGCUCGUUUAGAAUUUGUAAUUUGAUUCCGCGACGUUACCUAUUUAAAAACUGAACGUUGUUAAACUUGUUUGGAAAUCCAGGUUCGGAUUGUAUUUGAAUUCGAGCGUUUGUUUGUUGUCGUGUUGUAUUUUGAGUUUUUAAACUUCCCCAGGGUUCGUGGAACGAUGUCCUUUGCCGGGAAGCCUUUAAAGUUUUGUUUAUUCUGUUUCAGGUGAAGAACAUGUCUGGUGCAGCAGCAAUCACUGCAAUGUUUGUGUUCUUAUAGCCGGGGAUUCCAAUGUAAAUCGUUUGAAGUCUGCGUGUCCUCCAAAUGCAAGGAUUGACUUUCUGCCCGUAUCUGGUGCAAAGUAUGUGUCUGACCGGAAGGGCUUUAGAAAGCUGCUGCAUCAAGAGCUGAUGUCAGGUUGUUACGACAUACUGUACCUGCAUCUUGGCUCUAACGAUGUUUGCUGCAAGGAUAGCGAUUUUUACCGUUGUGUGACAGAGAUCCUUGAUGUUGUAUUCAGUGUGUGCACUGAAAUACACGUGGUGCUUUGCGAGAUUCUUCCACGUGAUUUUGAUGUGAGAAUGUUUCCCCGAUGGCCACUCUCAGGGGCACAGUUGAGGAACUACUGCCAGUGGAUAAGGAGCGCAAACAGCAUGCUGUGGGAACUGAGUCACCAUGUGCCUUCUGUGAGAUACAUGGACUAUGAAGCAACUAAACAGAAGUCCCUGUACUUGUCCCAUGAUGGACUACAUCUGAGUGCUGAAGGGGCUUGGAGGUGUUUAGCAUCCAUACAGGACGACCUGCCAAACCAGCUGUGUGUGGAGGCUGCUGUUCAAGAUCCUACAGAAUGGCCAGCUCUCUCAGCCACGGAAGUAUCGGUUCAGGAGCAUGACAGCACCAUAGCACUCUUUUCGGAUAUUGUGCAGACUGGAGCUCAACCAGAGAUUCAAGACAAGGUGGAUGCAAGUGAAGUACCAGUUCCCAGGGACAUUAAGCUUCAGACACAUAAAAUAACGGUUGUCACAGCCAGAGCUAAGAGGUCUGCAACCAGAAAUACCAAAAGAUAUGGAAAGAAGGUCAUGCUGCAGUGGAUUUGUUUACCUUGACAUUACUGAAGAUGUGGCUGUUUUCCUGCCUGCAUACAAGUUGAUUGGCUUAUGCUUGAAACGCAAGAAGAUGGAAGUCAAGACUAGUAAGGUUAAAAGGGAGAAACCUACCAUGACGAAAAAGAAGAACAACAGGUAAAUCAAUGACAGAAAGUAUUCCUUAUAAAAUAGUCGAGCAGUAUUCUUUCUUGUCAGAUAAACAAAACUUGUUCAAGAAGAUCCUUUAAAACACACAUUCAUCCUUUCAUGUAUGGUCAUUUAGAUGUUCUACAAAUACAGUAAAACCAAGCUUUAAAGACGACACAAAGGACCUUAUAAAAUUAGUCUAAAUAGUUGGUAUUCUUACAAUUCAGGUAUAAUUGAUUAUCACCAAUAACCUGUUAAGCCGGGUUUUGGUGUAUGUAAGUCUUCCAUGUGCAAGCUUUUCAGAACCAAUCCUGGGCCUGUAUUGAAUUCAUUAUAAUGUAAAGAUGUUCUAAAGUAUGAACCAAUUGUGGUACAUGUUUUUGUUUUGUUUCAAUUUCCAUGAGUUUUUCACAAAUAUUACUUAGAUGCGAUUUUAGAAUCCUCAGGCUGAGUGGUAUUUUUUAGGUCCCUUGCUACAAUUGCCCAAACUGCAGGGUGUGCUGUUCAUCUGAAGAUGCCCUGCUCGACUAUUUUAUAAGGAAGCAUUCAUCCUGGAAAGUUGAUAGGCCUGACACACUUUACAAUCAGGUUUUUAAAUGGAACACAUAUUGUUGUAUAGCUUUAUGUUAUGUAAAUAUACUCUAUGAUUUUGAAUGAAAAAAUAUAAUACGUCAGAACCAGUUUUGAAAAAAAGAAAGACCAUAAAGCAUUUAAAGCCAAUAAAUAUUUGUAGAUCAGAAUUAGAGAAAAGAGUUGGCAUUUCUAAUAAAGACACUGAAACGGAUAUUUCUGAGCAUUUCGGAAACCUGUCAAUAUUUAAAAACUACUGUUGUUCCCUUCUAGACCAUGGCACUUUAGUUAUACAAAUGCAUGAUGACAGUGGCAAUCUAGUUUGUUGCCUUAAUGAUUACUGUGAAAUGGAUGGUUCAUUUAAAGCAAAUGAUUUUAUUUUCACUACUAGGUUUUGUCAAGAAACUGGUGACUAUCUUGACUGCACAUGUAAAAUAUACAAAACUCUGCUUAAUGUGAAGGAAUUUAAUAUUAGGAACGAAGAAUUUAUAAUUUUAGACUCUUCAGGAGAUAACUGUGUAACUUGCAUGCAUUGUAAGUUUGUUAAAUUGCAUGUAUUACCUUGUUUAGCACCGGACCAUGUACAGUGUCCAGAAUCAUUGUCAAGAAUCCAACACUUUGUUCAAAAGGCUUUGUGUUUUAACAAUCAGAAAUAGUUGAAAUAUCUAGAAAACCAGAAAUUAGAAAAUAUUCUGUUCUUAUAGAAGGUGACGAGUAUCCAGCUUUUGUUCAUUUUAGCAUGAACAAAAGGCUUGGUAAAUGCACUGUGUCAUGCACUGCUGGUAGAUGCCGUUCUCAAAAGAGUUAUAUUAAGAGAAAUAUAAGUACUUUACUAAAUUCGAAGGUUUGUAGGCACUUAAACUUAUUUAAAUCAUAUACUCACAUGUGGGAAGAUUUAAUUCAUACAACUAAUGAUAACAAUGAUGAUGAAGAACAGCAGUUAUUUGAUGACAAUAUUGAUGAUGAAAUGCCUGUUUCGGUUACAUUAAGUACUGCUGCAUACAAUAACUUCAAUGAGGAAUCUGGACUUUGGAAUUUUAAGUGUAGAAGUAAACAUUCUACCAGACUUAAAGACACUAAUGAGUUAAGGAAAAAUAUCAUAAAACGUGAUCAGUGGAAUGAUUCUAAUCUUGUUAGAUGUUCAGAUGGCUGCCUAAAAGGACCUGUAUUAUUUCCAGAUAUUCCAGACAAUACCUGUCCCUGUGGAAGCGGUUGGCUCAAGCGCGAAGAUGACGAUAAUUACAGUGAAAAUGAACUGACCAUACACGAAAGACAAAGGACAUUAACUAUUUACACAAAUUUUGCACCUGUAAAAUGUGACAUUCAUAUACGUGAAUGCUAUAAUUCAAUUAGUAAGCCAUGCAGAAUUCUUUGGGAUGAAGGGGACUUAGAUUGUAUACAUGUAUUAAGUAGGGAUACAGCAGCAGGAGAUGAAAUAGGGUGGGAAUUUGUAUCUAUGGUUAUGAAUUCUAGUUGCACUUUUUCCUCUUACUGCCAGUUUAAAAAUGAGAUGUAUAAAACUCGCCACAAUAAGGCUAGGUUUAUGGAUCAAACAGUUUUUUAAAAUUUUUGGUUCAGUUGGGCUUCAAACAUGAAAAUAGAUUUCCGUAUACCCUGUGGUGUAUGUGGUUAUGGUCCUAAGAGAUUGUGCUGUGAUGGUACAAAAGUAGGGGUUGGAUUUCGGAAUUCAAAUUAUGAGGAAAUUACAGAAACAAACCGGGUUGGGCAUUAAUAAUACGCUGCAUCGUAGAAUGGAUAGAUGUUUUUUGAAAAAUUUGAAUGGAAUAGACAAACAAGAAAUGAUAAACUUCGAACUACUUUAGAUUACAUUGCUCGGAAAGAACUGAAUGAAAUUAAAGAGAAUGAAAUUAUUCCAGAGAGGGAUUUAUUGGACCGUAUCGAGUUGUUAAAACAAGCACUGCCCUCUGAAGUUUUGGGUUCCUUCGAAAGAUUUUAUCAAAUGAGUGAUAAUGAACGAGUUGCAUAUUCAAAUGUUUUAAAAAUGCUAGCCACAACAGCGUCCAUUACAAGCCUGGUACCCCCUGCAUAUUGUUACAAAAUUCAACUAUUAUUAAAUACCCCCAAUAUUGAAAAUGAUCGAUUUAAUAGUAUUGUUAAUGAAACUCGUUCGUUUGCACCUGAACUAAGAGAUUUAAUUUGCGAGUCUUUAAUAAGUAACAAUGAAAUAUUGCCUGAUGACAUUGGAUUAUUUUUGCAAUAUCUAAUUAAUAAAUCAAUGUCAUUGCAAGUUACUGAACCAGAACCACCUGUACCUCAACUGGGCACAUACAAUCCUGAAAAGUUUGGAAGGGCCUAUUAUUUUAAUGAAUCUGGGUUAAAGUUAAGAAGUGUAAGAAAGUUAUCCAUUGACAAUGAUAGCUUUGUUAAAAGAAAUAUAGACCAUGACGAUACGACUUUAGAAUUUGAAAAAUGUCAAAAGCUUUAUUCUAAAGUUCAAACUUCUGCUCGAGGAACAUUAACAUUAUUUCUUUGGUUCUGUGCAGACCAUGGUCAUUGCUAUGGUUUUCACAUGACUGGGGCAGAAGGAAGAUCGCUCUAUAGCUAUUUAGAAACCCCUCCACAAGACGUGUUUUAUGACUUUGCAUGUAAUUUACAAGAAUAUUUAAACAGAGAAAGUGGAUACUAUAAAAAUGUACGUUUUUUUCAUGACAUUUUCCAUGGCUACUCCCACAAAUGUUCUAGUGCUUUUACAGCUAGCAGACUUCAAGGCUUUGAAUCUGUAAAUUCUGAAAUAUGUGAACAAUUCAACAGCUUUAUACAGCGCAUUAAAAGGUCGGCCCGUCAGAUGUCACAGUCACACUUUUGCUUUUACCUACAAUUCUUUUUAAAUGAAUGGAAUAAGAAGAAAAAGUUAUCAUAUGAAAAAAAGAUAAGAAUUGCUUUAGCUGGGUUAGUUUAAUGUGAUACUUAAAUGAUCUAUAAUUUUAAGUUCAUCUCAACUUUUAAUACUUACUAUUGCAUCUUUUGAUGCUUUUUUUCUAUUUAAAGACUGAGCGAGUAAACACAUACUAUGUAUUAUUAUGCAAUAAUUGUUUUGUGUUUAUAUCUCAACUGAGCAUAAAGUGCUCAGGGUGAGCUAUUGUGAAUGGUCUUGGUCCGUCAUGGGUCAACAUUUUUUACUUAAACAACAUCUAACCUCUGUGCCAACCUUAAUGAAACAUGGCACGAGUUUUCUUGCAUGAACCUCUAUCAAAGUUGUUAAAUAAAAUGCAUUCCAUGCAUAAAUCUGGUUGAGAUGGCAACCAAAAGGAAAGCUUAUAUAUUUGGCAUAAAACAUCGUCUGGUUGACCUCCUCCGUAAAUUUCAAAAGAUGCUAUACCCAACUCACAGGCAAAUUUGUCCUUAUUUGCUCAUAGUGAACACUUCUUUUAAAGGGCCAGGAAGAGAGUUCAAGUUUAUAGACAAAAGCAACAGUCAGAUGAGCGAUAUAGUGUCAUCAUGGCACCUUUAUAGUUGAAUCAUUUAUGAAAAAUUGUCAAUGAUAUGUUCUGUGACUUGUAUGAUUUGCAGUAUUCAUUUCGCUGUCUUCAUGCACCUUAUAAAAGCCAUUUUAUUAUCAGUGUUCCUGAUUCUGUCGUAGCAUUUAUUCUUGAAAUUCGUUGUUUUUCAUAUUUUUCCUAAUUGUUAUGCUCCCCGAAAUAAAAUUUCGGCGGAGCAUAUAGCUGCCAGUUUGUUUUUCCUUACUAGUUUCCCAUAGCACCUUCAAUAUUUUACCGAUCUCUUUCAUAUUUGGCAUGUAGGUACCUUGCAUGGACCUUUACCUUUUGAUGAGGUCACUGGGGUCAAUGUCACCGAGGCUAAUAAUAGAUUUUUUUAGGUGGUUAUUAACACAUAGAUUGACAUAGCGCAUCAUCGGGGAGCAUCCAUCAGUUUCACUGAUAUUCUUGUUGUAUGUUAUAUACGUGAUCAUAGAUACUGUAAAUUUUGUCUUAUGCGACAUGUUUAUAAUGUAGAAGAUGAGUACCCUGUGUUUAUGCAGUGCCCAUUGUAUAACACAGAUAUGGUUUGUUUAUUCCGCAGUGGUUGAAUGAAAUGGAAACUGUU